UGGGGGGGUUCUGCCUCACUGCCCAUGCGUGAUGCCAGCCAAAUAAGUACCCCGUGGGAGGCAAGGCAGGAGUUGCAGACACCCCUUCCUUCCUCCGCUCUUCUCUCUCUGCUCUUCCCUUCUGUUCCCGACGUUUUUGCUGGUGGAGGCCAUGUUUUUCCCAACACAGCGAUGCUCCCAUGGCUACCAGGGAGCUCAAAGCCGUGCGGUGAGCUUGUAGGGCCCCGUGCAGCUGUGAAGCCCGUGUGGGCAGCGGGGUUACGUGUUGAGUCAGCCCCAGACGUCGGCCGCGCUGCCUUCCACUCUCACUGUCUUAUUUUGUCCGCCUUAUUUUGUCUUCGGGGAAAUCCAGCAACAGCCCCACAGCUGUGGGGCCGAGCAGCCCUUCCCCGCCUGCCUGGGGGCUGCCAAAUCUUCACUUAAGCCACCGCACUUCCGAGCUCCUGAAGCUUUCUGUGUUUGCAGGGAGGAAGGGCCAUACCUCCAGCCCUUGAUGGGCUCCUCCGUUCCAAACUGACCCCUGGGCGCACGCCCAUGGCCACGGCUCUCUCGGCUCUCUCGUUAGGUCCUUAACGAGCUCACCAAGCCCUUCACCCUUGCCUUUCCCCUCCGCCCAGGUGGCCGGCGGUGCAGCAUGCCUUCCUCCUGAUCCCUGAGCGCGGUUAGGAAGCGAUCCCAGAGCGAUGUCUGCCACGCGUGGCAAUGGAGAGCACUGGAAGUCCCUGGAGUCGGUGGGCAUCAGCCGCAAGGAGCUGGCGCUGGCUGAGGCCCUGCAGAUGGAAUACGACGCGCUGUCGCGCCUGCGGCAGGACAAGGAGGAGAGCCGGGCCAAGCAGCGUCCCGAGCCGCCCCUCAUCUCGUGGGAUGAGCCCGAAAACACCCAUGGGUGCACUGGGAUCAAAGCAAUGCAUGGUCUGUCCGGCUCCGACCCUGCGCUCUGCAAUAACACAGCGCCCGAGGGGCUGACGCCAACCCUCCCCAUGCCCCCAGCACAGCCCAAUGCUGCACCCACCAGCACAGAGGGUCCGGCCUGGCUGAAGACCCCGCUGGCCGGGGACUACCUCUACAUCUUCGAUGGUUCUGAAGGGGACUUUCUCGGGGAGCCUUUAAAUGGCACUUCACCUCUUGACAGCAAUGGGGGAUCCCCCAAAAAGCUCUCCCCGCCGCCACUGCCCCCCCGGAACUCCAUGUGGAGCCACCCCGAAGGCAGCCGGCGCCUGGGGAAGGGAUCCCCGCCGUCCUCCAAAGGACCCCAGCCCAGGGACGUCAACGUCUUCUCAGCCCAUGAGCAGCCCCGUGGCAAGCUGCUCGCCCGCCGCAUCUCCGAGGAGGAUCCCUACGGCCUGGCUGACUACGAGGGCAUCAACGAUGCCAUCACCUGCCUCAACCUGAAGUCCACCUACGAAUCCCAGGUGCUGCGGGAAGCUGCCCGCAGCUGGAAGGAAGGCAGGAGCAUCUUUGAGAAGGAAUCGAGUGGUAAACCUGUAGCACGGAGCAAAACUAUGCCCCCUCAGGUCCCCCCACGGACCUAUGUCUCUCGGUUUGGCAACAGGAAGAAUGUGGCACCCAACAAGAACCGCAGGAUCUCUGCUGACCCGGUCCCACCCAGGCCACGCUCCUUAGCCAAUGGCUAUGAGCUCUUUGAGGUGUCAGAGGAGAGGGACGAGGAGGUGGCUGCUUUCUGCCAUAUGCUGGAUGUGCUGCGGUCCAGCUCCAGCCCCCAGGACUAUUCCCUGACCGGCUUCGUGUGGAGUGCAGUCAGCCUCAGCCCUGAGCACCUGGGGCACGGCAUCAGCCUGAAGGUGACAGUGCUAUGUGACAGCCUGCGGGAGCCCCUCACCUUCACCUGCGACUGCUCCUCCACUGUGGAUCUGCUCAUCUACCAGACGCUGUGCUACACGCACGACGAGCUGCACACCGUUGACGUUGAGGAUUUUGUGCUCAAGCUCUGUGGCCUGGAGGAAUUCUUGCAAAACAAGCACGCAUUAGGGAGCCAUGAAUACAUCCAGCACUGCAGGAAAUUUGACAUCGACAUCCGUCUGCAGCUGAUGAGGAGGAAGGCAGUGCGCAGCGACUUGGCCCGGACGGCCAGCGAUGAUCAAAGCCCCUCCACUCUCAACCACUACAUCCACCUACAGGAGAGGCCAAUCAAGCAGACCAUCAGCAGGCAGGCCCUGAGUCUCCUCUUUGACACCUUCCACAACGAGGUGGAUGCAUUCCUGGCAGCUGAGGGAGACUUCCCACUGAAGGCAGAGAGGGUGAUCCAGUCCGUCAUGGCCAUCUGCAACGCCCUGGCUGCCGUUGAGUCGCAGGAAAUCACAACAGCCCUCAACCAGAUGCCCCCCUGUCCCUCCCGCAUGCAGCCCAAAAUCCAGAAGGAUCCAAAUGUUCUGGCCAAGAGGGAAAAUCGAGGUAUUUCAAUUCUCCUCCUCCCUUUCUGGGCUGAAGUUCUUGGUGCUUUUAAUCUUCAAACCCCUCCUCCUCAAUUAUUAAGGCCGAAAAUGGGUUUGAAACCCUUCUUAAGAAAGGAGGGUUUCAGGAGGCCGUGCCUGUUGUUCCUCCCCAUCAGCUCAGCAAAGUGGGAGCCUGCAAUUCCUGCUCAUGCCCCAGAGCAGAGCCCUGCCCAGGAUCCCCCCAGCAUCCCAGCCCCUAUGGGCCACCCUAUGGAGCAGGACUGCAGGUCUAGGGCAGCUCUGUGUCACUCCUCUCCUUUCUCCCCCGCAGAGAGGAUCGUGGAGAGCCUGACGGCUGCCAUCCUGGACCUGGUGGGGCUUUACUGCAGCACCUUCAAUGCUGACUUCCAGACAGCUGUGCAAUGGAGCCGGGAGCACGGCGUGGUGCAGGAGGCUCGCCUGCUCUCCUGCCCACUCUCCUUCACCGUUUAUGCCACACACCGCAUCCCCAUCACCUGGGCUGCCAGCUAUGAAGAUUUCUACCUCUCUUGCUCCAUCACACACGGUGGUAAGGAGCUGUGCAGCCCCCUGCACACCAGAAAGGCCCACGUCUACAAGUACCUUUUCCACCUCAUCAUAUGGGACCAGCAGAUCUGCUUCCCCGUCCAGGUGAACCGAUUGCCUCGGGAGACGCUGCUCAGCGUCACGCUCUUCGCCGUGCCCGUCCCCCCCCCGGGGAACUCCUCUGACACCAACAGGCAGCGGCGGGUCCCUGAGGCCCUGGGCUGGGUCACCACUCCGCUCUUCAACUUCAGGCAGGUUCUGACCUGCGGGAGAAAGCUUUUGGGCUUGUGGCCGGCAACCCAGGACAACUCCAGAGCCAGAUCGAGUGCCCCCAACUUCAACCAGCCCGACAGCGUCAUCCUGCAGAUCGAUUUCCCCACCUCUGCUUUCGACGUGAAGUUCGUGAGCCCGCUGGCGGCCGAGGUGAGCCCCAAGUACGAAUUUGGCAGCCUGGGUGAGGAGGACCAGCGCAGGCUGCGGGAGGCGAUGCAGAAGAAAUCGCUCUAUUGGUUGACAGAUGCGGACCGCAAACGGCUGUGGGAGAAGCGCUACUACUGCCACGCAGCACCCGGCUCACUGCCCAUGCUGUUGGCCAGUGCACCCAGCUGGGAGUGGGCCUGCCUGCCUGACAUCUACGCCCUGCUGAGCCAGUGGACCUACAUGAGCCACCAGGAUGCCCUGGGGCUCCUUCACGCCACGUUCCCGGACCAGGAGGUGAGGAGGACGGCCGUGCAGUGGAUCGACUCCAUCUCUGACACAGAGCUGCUGGAUUACCUGCCCCAGCUGGUCCAGGCUUUGAAAUAUGAAUGCUACCUGGACAGCCCACUGGUGCGCUUCCUCAUGAAGCGAGCGAUCUGCGACCUGAAAAUCACCCACUAUUUCUUCUGGCUGCUGAAGGAUGGCCUGAAAGAUUCCCAGUUCAGCAUCCGCUACCAGUACCUGUUGGCAGCUCUGCUGUGCUGCUGCGGGAAGGGGCUGCGGGAGGAGUUUGACCGGCAGUGCCUGCUGGUCAACACAUUGGCCAGGCUGGCCCAACAAGUGCGGGAUGCUGCUCCAUCCUCACGCCAGGGCAUCCUGCGUGAGGGGCUGGAGGAGGUGAAGCAGUUUUUCAAGGCUAAUGGGUCGUGCCGGCUGCCGCUCAGCCCCAGCCUGCUGGUGAAGGGGAUAGUGCCCCGGGACUGUUCCUAUUUCAACUCCAAUGCUGUCCCGCUGAAGCUCUCCUUCCAAAACGUCGAUCCCCUUGGAGAAAAUAUCCGGGUCAUCUUCAAGUGUGGCGAUGAUCUGCGGCAGGACAUGCUGACACUGCAGAUGAUCCGGAUCAUGAACAAAAUCUGGGUGCAGGAGGGGCUGGACAUGCGCAUGGUCAUCUUCCGCUGCUUCUCCACGGGUCGUGGACGAGGCAUGGUGGAGAUGAUCCCCAACGCCGAGACCCUACGGAAAAUCCAGGUGGAGCACGGUGUGACGGGAUCCUUUAAGGACAGACCACUGGCUGACUGGCUGCAGAAACACAACCCCGAGGAGGAUGAGUAUGAGAAGGCUGUGGAGAACUUCAUCUACUCCUGCGCUGGCUGCUGUGUGGCCACCUAUGUGCUGGGGAUCUGCGACCGGCACAAUGACAACAUCAUGCUCAAGACCACCGGCCACAUGUUUCACAUCGAUUUUGGCAGGUUCCUGGGCCACGCUCAGAUGUUUGGCAACAUCAAGAGGGACCGGGCACCGUUUGUCUUUACCUCUGACAUGGCAUACGUCAUCAAUGGUGGGGACAAGCCCUCUAGCCGCUUCCAUGACUUUGUCGAUCUGUGCUGCCAGGCCUAUAACCUGAUCCGCAAGCACACCCAUCUCUUCCUCAACCUGCUGGGGCUGAUGCUGUCCUGUGGCAUCCCUGAACUUUCCGACCUGGAGGACCUCAAAUAUGUCUAUGAUGCACUAAGGCCACAGGACACUGACGCUGAUGCCACCACCUACUUCACCAGGUUGAUUGAGUCCAGCCUGGGCAGUGUGGCCACCAAGCUCAACUUCUUCAUCCACAACCUGGCACAGAUGAAGUUCACAGGCUCUGAUGCCCGCCCAACCCUCUCCUUUGCCCCCCGCACACACACCAUCAAGACGUCCGGCCGGAUCUGCGAUGUCUUCCUCUGCCGCCAUGAGAGGGUCUUCAACCCCAGCAAGGGCUACACCUACGUGGUGAAGGUGAAACGGGAGAGCCCAAGCGAGGUGACCUUUGUGCAGCGCACCUUUGAGGAGUUCCAGGAGUUGCACAACAAGCUGCGCCUGCUCUUCCCCUCCUCGCUGCUGCCCAGCUUCCCCAGCAGGUUCAUUAUCGGCCGGUCACGAGGAGAGGCAGUGGCUGAGAGGAGGAAAGAAGAACUCAAUGGCUACAUCUGGCAUCUCAUCCACGCUGCCCCUGAGGUGGCCGAGUGUGACCUCAUCUAUACCUUUUUCCACCCGUUGCCCAGAGAUGAGAAGGCAGCUGGCACCAACCCGGCCCCAAAGCCGGCAGACACCACAUGGGCUCGUCCCCUGGGGAAGGUCGGCGGGGAGGUGAAGCUCUCCAUCUCCUACAAGAACAACAAGCUCUUCAUCAUGGUGAUGCACAUCCGGGGGCUGCAGCCCCUCCAGGAUGGUAAUGACCCUGACCCCUACGUCAAGACCUACCUGCUGCCUGACCCCCAGAAAACCACUAAGAGGAAAACCAAAGUGGCCCGGAAAACCUGCAACCCUACUUACAAUGAGAUGCUGGUCUACGAUGGGGUGCCUCGGGGUGACCUGCAGCAACGGGAGCUGCGGCUGAGCGUGCUGAGCGAGGAAGGCUUUUGGGAGAACAUUCUCCUUGGGGAGGUUGGCAUCCGUCUGCGGGACCUCGAUUUGGCACAGGAGAAGAUGGGGUGGUUCGCCCUUGGAUCCCGCGGCCACGGCACGCUCUGAGCUCCGGGAAUGGGCACCGAUGCCAGGAGGUGCCCAGAGGGAGCUGCCGUUAGACAUCUUCUUUUUUAAGUUUACCUUGUGUCAAGGGAGCAAUGCUGGGGGGUUUGGGUGGGAAGGAGUGU